AUUUGAUUGACUUCAAAUGUCAAAACAUAACCUUACUAUCUAUCAUUUUAGUAAAGAUGGAUUGCUUUUUAAAAUUAAACAAAAUAGCACUAUCUUUAAGUAAUUUACGAUUAAAUAGUAGUAAAUAUGUGAGUAUAAUCCGCAGCACGUCGUACAGACCAAUUUGCUUGACUGCAGCAAAUCGGGAUUUGACGGAAUUUUUCGAUGACAAAAAGAAUUGGGGCGCCCAAGAAGUAAAAAGCGGCAGGUCUUGGACGAAAGACGAAUUAAGAAUUAAAUCCAACGCCGACUUACAUAAAUUAUGGUACAUUCUACUAAAAGAAAGAAACAUGCUCUUGACCAUGGAAGAAGAAAGUAAACAACAAGUUAGGCUGUUUCCCAGUCCUGAGCGAUUGGAUAAAAUAGCAGAUUCAAUGGAAAAUUUAGAAUGUGUCGUAAGAGAAAGGAACAGGGCAUAUCACGAAUUAGAAACUGGAGAAACAGGAGAGAGACCGGGUAAAUUGACAACAGGCGUGUUUGGCUUAAAGUAUUAUCAAAGGAUGUGUGAACAUGUCAUACCAAAAUUCAUGAAUACAAAAUGGAACGAGAAACGCAAAGAAUACCACUUUGAUAAAGACGUUGAACAAUUUUUACUUAAAUAUAGGGAAAAGUUAUACUUGCAGAAAAGAAGGAAACAAGCUCGUGAUUUCAACCACGUUAUUGGCUUACUUAAUAGAUUUCCAAAUAUGGAUAUGGAAGUUCUUAAGCAACAUUACCCUGAUGUGGAUAUUAAAAAAGCGAAGAAUAGUAGAAAAUAUGGAGGUCACUUUGCACCUAAAUAAUAUCGAGG